UACUGGCAGCGCGAAGCAUGAAGUGAAAGUCUGUGAAAGUAAUCAAAUAACUUGUCUGUCACUGUUGUGUCACGUAUUUACGAAUGCCUGGUGUACGUUGUGGAGUUCGGGGAUGCGGAAAUCGUUCAUCUUCGACGACGGGCGUUUUCUACCACAAGAUUCCACAGGACAAUGCGCGAAAACGAAAGUGGUUCGAAGCACUCGGCUAUGAGAUACAGCAGUCGUGUCGUGUGUGCUCAUUCCAUUUUUCUGCCGAUGACUACGAAGAUGCCGCAGUUGGCGAAGUGCGAAAACGUCUGAAGCAAACUGCCGUUCCGUCACCUGUUAUUCUGCUUCGCUUUGGUGACGGGCUCAGCACAACGUCUCAGGGACAUUCCGAUGUUGUAGUGGCGCCGGACUGCUUUGUAGUCGACUGCAAUGAUUUCAUGGACUUGUGCAUGGAAGUCACCGUAUCGGAUGACACUACUGAUGCUGCUAGCACAUUGUCCACGUCGACGGACACUGUUUGUGAAGAAACAACUGUAGUCGAGUUCGACCAUGCAUACUGCAGCACUGCCUCUCCAAUCACUAUGAAGUCUGCAUGCACUCAAGUUAACAUGACAGAAAUAGCUGGAAGCUGGUAUGCUAAAAAUGAUGAUCCGGAUUUGCCAGGAGUGACAGCAUUCCUACCUGUGGCUUCGUCUCCCCCUCUUGCUUCUACCAGUUACAGCUGUGUGAUUGCUCAAGAGACACCAGAAAGGACAUCACGUGGGCCAAUAAUUACGUCGACCCCCACUUCGCAGAUUCUGCCAAGUCCACAGGUGCAGAACAUCAGUAUGACAUCAACAGUGGGAGAAGAAACUGAUGAGAGCUACUACCCAUCUGAGGAUAGCUUCCUUGAAGGAGACACCACUACACCUGAAUGUCCAGUGGAACAGCAAAAAUUCAUUGUCUUUGAAGCCCCACUACUGGAAUUGUUCAAAGCAUGUCGCAGUUGCAGUGGGUCAUGCAAGGUUACCACAUCAGUUCGGGGCACACUUCUCACUGUUGUGUCCGAAUGUGCAAGCGGCCACAAAUUCUCUUGGAACAGUCAGCCAGAACUGAACAGGAUGGCUGCAGGAAACGUUCUGCUCUCCGGUGCAAUACUGUUCAACGGAGCCAGUCCCACCAAGGUUCUUCGACUGCUGAGCUCCAUCAACAUACAAAUGAUUUCAAAGGUUGCAUACGACACAUAUCAGAAAGGUUGCCUACUGCCUGCUGUAUCACAGGUUUGGAAUGCAGAACACAACCACAUGCUCCUUUCACUUCAAGACAAGCCUGUUGACCUCCUUGGAGAUGGCAGAUGUGAUUCUCCUGGUCACUGUGCCAAGUACAUGACAUACACUUUUAUGGAAGCCCAUUCAAAGAAAAUCGUCAGCUCCGUUCAAGUACAGGUUGGUGAGUCUCCAGAUGUUGCUUCCAGCACAAACAUGGAAAAGGUGGGAUUUGUGAGAUGCCUGGACGAACUGAAAUCAAAUCACAUCAUCGUGGCAUCCAUUACGACUGAUCGACAUCCUGCGGUGAAAAAGCACAUGCGUGAAAUGGAACCCAGCAUAGUGCAUGGAUUUGAUACCUGGCAUGUGGUGAAAGGCUUGAAGAAGAAAUUGGACACAGCAGCCAAAACCAGUGCAGGUGCUCCUUUAAAACCAUGGGUGCAGCAUAUUUGCAACCAUCUCUACUGGUGCAAUUCCACAGCUGAGGGGAAUUCAGAACUGCUACUGAGCAUGUGGAAAAGCAUGACACGCCACAUUACAAAUGUCCAUACCGGUCACGAAGGUCCAUACCAUCGCUGCUUACAUGACACAGUUGGAGAAAGGCCGUGGCUGCAGCCUGGUACCGUAGCUUAUGCAAGACUUCUGAAGAUUGUACUGAACCCAAGGCUACUGAAGGAUGUUCAACAACUAUCAAGAGUGGGUCAGACAUCAGGGCUCGAGUCAUACCACUCCGUCAUACUGAAGUUCGCUCCUAAGUCCACAGCAUACACACCGAAAGUUAUGCGUGCUAGGACACAAAUAGCUGCCCUGCACUUCAAUGAAAAUGCUGACCGGGAGUAUGCUUAUGGAAAGGAUGGACAACAGAUGUUCAGGAGGAAGCUCCUAAAAACAAAGAAAGGGGCAGAAGUAGUUUCUAGAGUGAAGACAAAGGCCACUUACAAUUAUGUGGCAAAUCUUCUAAAGGGGGCUGUGACAGUGUGUGAAAGCACAACAUACAGUGCCAUGGUAGCAGCCCACCAUAGUCCCGAGCCUGCGCCAAUGACUGCAGCUUACCCACGCGAAUCGAAAGAGGUCCUGAUUGCGAGAAGGAUGCUUCGCUUUCCAACAGAGUGAUCUCUCAUGAGGCCACCUGCAACUGCAGUCCUGACCUGGGAGCUGCUUUGGAUAGCCCGCUCUACCAAAACUCCGUCAAAGCCUCCAAAGAUGAAUGAAGGGAAGUACCAAUUACUUUGGAUAGGGUGUUAAAGGAGCACUAAAAUGCAAAAAACAAGUUAACUUUACAUUGCGUUACAUGCAGUCAGAGCCGUUUCAUGGGGGGGGGGGGGGGUAGAGGGGCAGCAGCCCUGGGUACCUUCCCUAAGGCGGCACAGGAUGGUACAUCUGGACAGCACGGUGCACAAUAAAUCAACAGCCGGCAUAUUUGGCACCCGCACCUAAGUCAGUUGGCUCCAGUGGCUCCUAUAAGCUACUGAAAGAAUAAUAGGAAAGGACUGUGUUAUAAAAAAGCACCACUUUGUUCUCUUUGUAGCACACUGGAGUCAUGUGACCAACUACUGCAAUUCACACAGAUAAAUUGGCACCGGAAACGGUUUGUCUCUGUCAACUGCUUUUUCACCGGUCUUCACAUCGGAAGGGCACGCUGGGUUAAG